GGCUCUUUGCAAAGAGCGAGAGGUCCCCGGGGCGUUUGGGGGCCUUUGAGGAGCCCUCGGAGAUGGUGUGGCCCUCCAGCCCCGACGCCUCCCUCUCCUCCACCGGCCUGGGAAAUCCCGGGGGGCGCGGCGCCGCAGAUGAGACACUCCCUCGGCUCGGGGGCAACUCGUCCCGUCCUCGCGCGGAGUGGGGUAGCCGGGAGCUCCCAGGGCGGGAGUCGGUCCCACUGCAAACUUAAGGAGCCGAAGGAGAGGGCGGGAUCGACUCGCGGCUCCCGCCGCCGCCUCCCCGCGAUUCCCGCCCGGGCAGCACUCACCGCGUCCUUCCUGGGCGUCUCGGCGGGUGGGGGUCCGGCCACGCUCCGGCCGGAGUCCUGCAGCUCCCGGGCCGGGGCUACCGCCUCCCGGAGCGCGCCCGGCCCUCCCCCGGGAAGCCCGGCCCCCGGCCCCGCCCUCUCCUCGCCGCCGCGGCCCCAACCCUACCCGCCAGAGGCUGGGGCGCGGGGGCUGCAGGCAUCGUGGCGACCGGCGGCUCCCGGAGCACGGGCCGCGAGGUAUCGGCUCCCACGGGAGAAGCGCCAAGCCUCCCUUCCCAGGGUGGCACCGCGCGGGCAAUGCGAGUCGGAUUUCGGCUUGCCCCUCCCGGCCUUCGCAGAGCCUGGGAGACAGACCGGUGGAAGCGGGAAGGGAUCGGGCCUGCCCGGGUACCCCUUGGAGGGAGGACUGGGGGCUACACUGCCUUAGUAUUUCUUUGCUGACCACAUCUUUCUUAUACGUUAGUUCCGUCGAGGCUCACAGUCACCCCCUUUUAAGCAUUAGGGUUCCCAUUGUACGGGUGCGGAAACUGAGGCCCAGAGACCUUCAGCAGCUUGCAAAAGAUCUGUAGUCGGGCAAGACCUAGAUUCCAGAACCGUGCCUUUUACCUGCACAGCCCCGCCUGCCAAUCUGAGGACUGCGUCGGACACGCGGUGGGGGUGAGGCAAAAAGGCACGAGCUCCUCCCCCUCUGUGUUCUUAGUCCCAGAUUUUGUACCACGAUUCAUUCUUAAAUCCCUUCGCCCCUCCACUUCCCCCCUUUUGUCAGUCACCAGCUUUGGUAGAUUUUUCCAGAUCGCCACGCUGCCACCCCACCCUUAGUAAGUCCCUUCUCUCUCACCGUCUUUGCCCCCACCCUGGGAUUUUUCGCAGCCUGCCUGUCUGUUAUUUAUAUCCCCUGGAGCGGUCCAAGAAUGUUCCGAGGCUGACCUAAUCGCCACCUGCUUGGCCUCUCCGUCCCUCCCGAUCCCUCCUGGGCAGGGAGAGCCAGCGACCGAGCCCUCCGCCUGGCAGGAGAGAGUGGCCGCGGGUUAGCAGGGUCUAACGCCCCGGGUGCUCAGAGGGUCCUGGUGGCGCAAAGUCGCUGUGGAUGGGAAAGCCCCAGAGGCUCCGAAGAGUGCUCCCUCGGGGAGAUGGCGUGGCGCUCUGGGAAGCCAAAGGCCAAGCGGUUCUCUCUCCAGCACGUACUCUUCGUCCCCACUCCCCGCCCCAUCACCACUCCCUGAGGAGUGUGAGUGCUGUGCGCGGAUUUUUAAAUCGCAGCUUUAAAAAUAGAAAAACUAUGUUCCUGAAUCCGACAGGAACCGCUGAUGUGUUCUUUAUGCAGCUAAAUCCGCUCACAAAAUGGAAAAGGGCCCUGAAGAGAAUGAAUGAGGGUAAUUUCAGAUGGUGGUAUUAGCUGCUGACUGAGUUGCUCACCGCCCCCCCCCCCCGCCCCCGUCCUGGUGGGAGGGUCAGACUCUGGGCAGUCAGGGCGCAGCGCUUUUGGCAAAUCCUGAGUAGUGGAUCCUGGCCUUGGCGCUCACGGGGUGUGUACACAGCAGGAUGUGGCUUCUGAAACCAGUUGCAACACCCAGUCUCUGUUGGGGCAUGAAAAAGUCACUUUUUUCCAUAUUUCUGUUUCUACCUCUAUGAAACAUGACGGGUGACCCAGCUGACCUCCCAAAUGGACCAUGUGCCCCCAGCUAAUUACUGAUUGUAAAAGCUGCAAGUGAGAGGAGCUGGGCUAAUCUAUAAUGACAGCCCUACUGUUCUGUAUUAUUUUAAAUCAGUUAACAUCCCACCUAGUGCCUGGGGGCCUGUAGGCACCUGUAGGCACCUAGGCAGAAAGUGUGAAAACACAAGAAUGAAAUUAAUUGCAGGAACCGCCUAUUAAAACCCCAUUAAAAGUAAAGGCCGCAAGCCAGACUGGUAUCUGGGAAAGCCAGGCCAGAGAGAGGUUCAGAAAACAGUGCUGUUCCUCAGAUCACAAGGAGAAGGCAAUAUGGAGUGGAAAGCAUCUGGCUUCUCUUAGAUUCCAAUCUGGAGGCAGAAAGCAGAAAUAUUGCAGCUGAUUUUAAUUGCCCCUAAGGUAACGUAGGGAGAAAAAAUAAACUAAAACCCAGAGCAUACAGAGCUGCUUUAAAGGUGAAAGGAGACAGAGCUGCCUUUGGAAAACCAACCCCCUGCUAGGCUAUCCGAGGGACUCAGAUUUCUAUGCUCUGUGGCCAGAGAGCCCCUAUAUACUCAUACAGCUCUAUCCCAGCAAUACUGAACUAGAACAGAGUUCAAGAUGAGAUGCCCAAGGUCAGAGGCUGGAUAGACGGAAACUGAGGGAGGCAGCCUGGCUCAGGGCGCCAGGUGGCAGAUGGGUCCAAAGCCUAAGCUCACAACACUCACAGACUCGCUCACCUUGAGUUUCUGGAAUGUCCUAACCACCGCACCUUUAUUUGUUUAUUUAUUCAUUCAGUCAUCCAGUCAAGAAAUCAUUUGAAUUUUUGUUCUAUACUGAGCCCUCUACUAGGUAUUGAGAAUACAAGAUAAAUAAGGCACAGUCUUAAAUGUAGGCUAAUGAUACAGUGUGGUUAGGAAGUACUUUGGGAAAAUAGAGCCAGAAGAGACCACCUUUCACGGGGUGAUGACACUUGAUGGGGCUUGAUGAGCAGGAAUUAGUCAUGUGAGGAGGCAUUGUAGAUGGGAACACGGGAUGUGCCAAGCCCCAGAUGUGUUAACAUAUGACUUCGUGAUCCAGCAAUUUCGCUUUUUGGAAUCUACCCUAGACAAACAUGAGUAGAAGUGCAGAAAAAGGUACAAGGAUGUUUGCAUGUAGUGUUGUUUGCAGUAAGGGAAAACUGGAAGCAAAUUUCCAUCGAGAGACUGCUGGCUGGCAGGUCACCAGGGUGCACAGGUCAGACAGUGCAGAGAGGCCUUGGCCCAGGGACUCCCUCCAGGGACACGGUGGUGCGGCCCAAGCCUUGACUCUCAGAGCGGCCCAUCAACCACCUCAGCCGCUUAAAAAAAUCCUGUAUAUACACCAGAGAUUUGGAAAUAAGGAUAAACACCAAAGUGCAGGAGGGGAAAAAAAAAUAGUUGAAUAACCUAGAGUUCAUUCAUGAGAUGGCUAAACUCUGCAGCACCUGA